ACUCGAGGUGAAACGUUGGCUUUAUCUCUCCAAGUGUAUUGCUACCAUCGUCGCUAGUCCAAGUCCGCAUCGUGUAGGGUGUAGCCUGUAGCACGUCUCCACGGUAUUGUGCGGAUCGUGUGAUGUCUCCGAGCCGAGCCCCGAGCCAAGGGUCCAUGGAGCGCGCGACGAGCGGAGAUGCGAGGCUUGAUUGGACGUCUCGCUUCGGGCGCACAAUCCACCACCGCCCGCCCCCCCAUCACCAUGACACUCCUCCUCCUGUGACAACCCCCACCACGAGUCUACCAGCGGCACAACUCCUGCAUCAGAACAUCUCCCACAUCUUUACGUCGAAGCGCGUCCACUGACAUCCGCUGACAUUCGACGCAGCUUGUUUGACUAUCACUAGGAGUGUGGGCGAACCGAGUGACCCCGUCCAUAUCCGCUUCCGCAACCCCCACCCCAGUGACGCAGAAGGCGGUCAUUUCGAAACAAACAUACACCAACAUGGACGACUCUCUCGAUAGCACGAACACAGACUCCAAUGCCUUGACACAGCUCAAGUUGGACCUCAGAGGUUCUCGCUUCGUCAUUGAGCGAGAGACGCUGAUGAACCUGCCCGAGUCGGUGCUGCUCUGUCUCUUCCCGAAUGGACUGGUGCUCAGCAGACAGGGAGGUGGAUACGAGGGCAUGAAUGCAGCUGAUGAGGGAGAAGAGGAGGAAGAGGAGGUGUACAUGGUGGACUUCGACCCGCAAUGUCUGUCGUAUGUUCUUUCGUUCUUCCGGAAAGCCCAGGACGACUUCUAUGGAACACCGACACAGCCAGGAAAGUAUCAAGGACCUCCACUCUUUGAAGAUGGCAGUACCCACCCGUCCUUCAACUAUGCCGCUCAGAACACGAACCCCCUUUUCAGCAAACAAGCCAUCAUCGUUCUCCGCGAGGAGCUCGAAUACUUUGUCAUCCCUCCCAAAGCCACUGCCCGAAUCGAAGGAGAUGGUAGAGAGGGGACGGACCUGGACGGAAAGGCCACACCUGCUUUGCUGCAGCUUAAGCAGGCUAGUGGUCAGGCGCUAUUGGAAAGGCAGAGGAUCUUCACGGCUUUGCAGAGGAAUGUGAACAAGGAGAACAACAUGGCGGAACAGCAUCUGAUCGAUAUGCUCUGCAUGAGCGGCUUCGAUCGAGACGAUUCCUGGGGAUUCCGAGCUUUGGAGCCAGCGCGCUGCUGCAUCACCUCCAUCGCUCUUGUGCUUCUCAAGACUGGCCUGCGCUUCGAUGGCCAGCGCAAAGUGCCUUCGAAUGACGACGUGGACGAUGGUGGGGUAUCGCCUGAGCAGACACAAUUGGCGACCGCACAAAAGCUAUUGCUGUUCUGGAGGAAACCGGCCCGCAAGUGCUGGUGGGACGGCGUUGACAUUGUCGUACCCCACACAUCAACGUCCGCAAGUACAGCAGAGCAAGAUGGCAGUGCAGCAAUGGCCGCCGAGAUGGCAUCGGAAGCGGAAGAAGCAGACGUUAAUGCACCGACGGCAGGCAUGACUGCACAAGAGGUCGAACUGCUGAGAAGCAAGAAGGGACGCAAGUGUCGUGUCUGGGCCAGGCGCGUAUGGACGCUGGAGCUGAGCUUGAUCUGAAGGAACAAGAAUCCUCACAGCAGUCCAGCUUUGGCGCCUGCAGGCAACAACGGCUUCUUCUCAGACCUCGUGAUCGACUCGCCCAUGCCUUUGCGCACUCUCACCGGUCGUAUAUACCCGUCUCGUCUUCGAUCGUAUAUAGUCUGUCUAAUCCCACACAUCAUGUCACUGGUAGUGUCAGUUUCCCGG